AUGAAUUUCUCUGAAUUGCUAUCUCUCACACUGUUGCUGGUUCAACUUUGGCUUUGCUCUCCAAGCACGCAGAACUGCUUGGCUCAAAACACAUACCAGUCUUUCACAGCAGUUCGAAGAGUGAAACGUGGCUGGGUAUGGGAGCCACUUUUUGCAACUGAGGAACAGACUUCAGUGGUGCCUGUGUAUGUUGGACAGCUGCAAUCAAAUUUAGACACGCAGGAUGGCAACCUAAAAUACACUUUAACUGGGGAGGGAGCUGGAAGCAUUUUUAUCAUUGAUGAAAAUAACGGCAAAAUUUACGUGACACAAAAGCUGGAUAGAGAAAAGAAACCCUUCUACACUCUAAGAGCACAAGCAAUUAACAGGAGCACUCAGCUUCCUGUUGAACUGGAAUCAGAAUUUAUUAUCAAGGUUCGAGAUGUGAAUGAUCAUGAACCACAGUUCUUGGAUGGACCUUAUGUGGCUACUGUUCCAGAGAUGUCACCUGAAGGUACUUCAGUUAUACAGGUAACAGCUACAGAUGAUGAUGAUCCUUCUUAUGGGAAUAGUGCCCGUCUACUUUACAGUCUCAUUCAGGGACAGCCUUAUUUCUCUGUGGAGCCAAAGACAGGAGUCAUCAGAAUGGCUUCCCAAAUGGAUAGAGAAACAAAAGAUCAGUAUUUGGUCAUCAUCCAAGCCAAAGAUAUGGUUGGGCAAGCAGGGGCAUUUUCAACAACAGCCACUGUUACCAUCAACCUCUCUGAUAUCAACGACAAUCCACCUAAAUUUCAACAGCGACUCUAUUAUAUGAGUGUUUCUGAAGAGGCUCCUGUGGGCACUACUAUAGGCAAAGUCUUUGCAGAAGACAGUGACAUAGGGGAGAAUGCAGCCAUGAACUAUUCCAUUGAAGGAGAUAGUUCAGAUGUUUUUGACAUCAUUACUAACAAUGAGACUCAAGAAGGAAUUAUCUUACUGAAAAAGACAGUGGAUUAUGAAAGUAAGAGGAGAUACAGUAUUGGAGCAAAAGUUGUAAACAGGUACAUUGAUGACCGUUUUCUGAAAGAAGGACCAUUUGAAGACAAAACUAUUGUCAAAAUUAAUGUGGAAGAUGCUGAUGAACCUCCAGUUUUCACCAUGGAGAAUUAUGUGAUGGAGAUUGCUGAAGGGGCUAUGAGUGGCUCACUGGUGGGCGUUGUAACUGCUAGAGAUCCAGAUGAUGAUGACUCCCCAGUCAGGUACUCUAUUGUCCAUGGCAUGUAUUUAAAGAGAUUGUUCAGCAUCAAUGAACACAAUGGAACAAUCAUUACAACUAAACCUCUGGACCGAGAGGUAGCUUCUUGGCACAAUAUAACCAUUACAGCCACAGAAACAAGAAAUGCUGAAAAAAUUUCAGAAACAAAUGUGUAUAUCCAAGUUCUUGACAUUAAUGAUCAUGCACCAGUAUUCCCUAAAUAUUAUGAAACAUUUGUUUGUGAAAAUGCAGUUUCUGGCCAG